AUGACGGAGACGACGUACGUGUCCCCGGACGACCUCAGCUCGGGCGUGAUCGCCGCGAUGUGCGGUGGUAUGGCGUGCGUCGCGGUAAAGUCCGACGGCUCGGUGCACGCAUGGGGCGCGCCCGUGCCGGUCGCGGAUGGCUUCGAGGCGCCCAUCUUUGGCGCGCGCGUCGUCGGCCAGGUCUCCACGCUGCCGCUCGAGGGCGAGGACGGCCUCGUUGGCGUCGCGAGCGAGCACGCAGGCGCCUGGUACGUCGCGACCAUGGACUCGCUGCUGCACGUCUCGGCGGCCGGGCGCGUGCGCCGCGUAGCAGCCUUGCCGGCAAGUGAAGUCUUCUACACCGUUGCUGCCAGCCCAGACGGGAGCGCGGUGUUUGUGGCAGACGACACCAACGAGAUCCGGCGGGUGGAGGUGGCGACUGGCGCUGUGACGACGCUCGCGGGCAGCGGCAACAUGGGCGACGCGGAUGGUGUGGGCGACGCGGCGCAGUUCGACGGCCCAGCCGGCAUCGCCAUCAGCCCGGACGGGAGCGCGGCGUUUGUGGCGGACUGCAGCAACCACAAGAUCCGGCGGCUGGAGGUGGCGACGGGCGCUGUGACCACGCUCGCUGGAGGCGGCGAUGUGGGCGACGCGGAUGGUGUGGGCGACGCGGCGGAGUUUGACGGCCCCUCCGGAGUCGCCCUCAGCUCCGACGGGAGUGCACUGUUUGUGGCGGACUCCUGCGGCAACAAGAUCCGGCGGGUGGAGGUGGCGACUCGCGCGGUGACCACGCUCGCUGGAGGCGGCGAGGAUGGCGGCGCGGAUGGCGUCGCCGACGCGGCGCAGUUCCGCUACCCAGCUGGCAUCGCCAUCAGCCCGGACGGCGGCGCGCUGUAUGUGGCGGACUAUGAGAACCACAAGAUCCGGCGGGUAGAGGUGGCGACGGGAGAGGUGACGACGGUCGCGGGCAGUGGCACCAGGGGUAGGGAAGACGGCGUGGGCGACGCGGCGCAGCUCGACGGCCCAGAUGAAGUCGCCAUCAGCUCCGACGGCAGCACGCUGUUGGUCAGUUCGAGCGGUGGCCUCCGCGAGGUCUGCGUGGCUGCGCCUCCUCCGCCUCCCUCCUUUGCCCCGAUCGUCGUUCCGCCUUCGACCCUUGGAGCCGACCUCGCAACGACGCGGGGCGACGCCUCCCUGCCAGAGGGGAAAGUCACCUUCCUGGUCGGCGACGACCUGGAGCGCAUCGAGUACGUCACCAAGGCCGUCCUCUGCGCCCGGUCCCCGGUCUUUCGGACGAUGUUUGGCAUCGGCAUGAAGGAGCGCGACGCCGCCGAGGUCACGGUGCGCAACACCGACCUCGCCAGCUUCACCGCCCUUAUCGACUACCUCCUCUCCGACAAGUUCGACCUCGGCGAGGCGGAGGGCGGCAGAGCGCAGCGCGCGCUCGACCUGCGGGAGCUGGCGCAGAUGUACCAGGUGCCGCGCCUCGAGCUGCUCUGCGCGCAGGCACUGCAGGAAAGCGUCGCGCCGGCGAGCGCCGUGCCGCUGCUCGAGGCGGCGCACACGACGGGCGACGGGCGGCUCCUCGCGCAGUGCCGCCGCUACGUGGCCGACCACGCCGCCGAGGUGCGGGCGAGCGGCGGCGUGGAGCAGCUGCGCGACUUUGGCGUGGCCAAGGGGCUGCUCGGCGACGCGCUCGACCAGGUGGCGGAGCUGAAGGGGGCGGUGGCGGCGCGCGACGCGGAGCUCGGGAAGGUCCGGGCGGAGGUGGCCGAGCGGGCAUGA